CUGAGCUGAAUAAUUUUUGUCAUAACAAACGGAUUACUGAGAUCAAAAGAGAAAUUUUUUGUCAAUUUUUGAAGAAAAGUUUAUAAUUCUCAAGAUAAGGAGCAGUUCAUAUAUCCACAAUGUCACAGCUAUGUCGACUGUGCCUAACAGAAAGCUAUGAAGCUACAGAUUUGAAUGAAUAUCGAGAAGGACUUCCAAUUUCUGUAUUAGCAAUGAUUAUAUUACCUAUAAAAAUCUACGAUGGUGAGGAUUUCAAUCUACCUCAAAAGAUUUGUAGUUCCUGCCUGGAAAUAAUUGUUAAUGCUUAUAAGCUACGAGAUAUAAGCUUAACUAGUGAAAAAGUCCUAAAAUCUAGUAUUGAAGAAUCUACUUGUAAUAUAAGAAUUAAGAAUGAACUACAAGACUACGAUACAAUUUUUGUCGAGUCUAAUGCUUACGAUUCUGACCUUCGGCCACCACAAAAAAAGGUUCGAAAGGAACCAACAAAAAAGAAUACAAUUUGCAAUUAUUGUGCACUUGAAUUUGACACUUCUGAGGAACUUGAAGAUCACGUAUUAGAAGAACAUUUCAAUAGUUCAACUAAUCAAGGAGCUAGUGAUGAAUGUCAAGAAGGAAUGCACAUUGACUGCUUCAAAAAGGAUAGAACUCCAAAAACUUCAAUGGUUUGGCGACAUUUUGGAAGACUUAAUAAUGCAAACGAUGAGCACAUCAACACAUCAUUCAAUUAUUGCAGCAUCUGCUUUAGUCGAAAGCUUAUUACUAAGUACAAAACCACAACAUCAACAUCAACUUUGAUUUUUCAUCUCAAUACUGUUCAUGGAAUCGCUAAAGAUGAUAGUGUAGCUGAAAAAUCUUUUGUUAAGGAAAAAUAUACACAAAGAAAAGAACGAGCUACUACAUCUGGACCAGCAGUAUCAGCGACUAUAUGCAGUGAAUGUGGAAAAGGCUUUGCGAAUCAUCAUAUCAUGAAGAAGCAUAUGAAGAUACAUUCUGGGCAGUUCUUUCCAUGUGAUAGCUGUCCAGCUAAAUUUUCCUACAUUGAGAACCUCCAUCGCCACAAAAGAUGCCAUGAUCCCAACCAUCUUUCACGUUACGUCUGUGACAUUUGUGGAAAUCGAUUUGCUGAAAUAAAGUCACUAAGAAACCACAUUAUGAGAGUUCAUCUGAAAAUUACACCACAAAAGAAAUAUGCUUGCCCGUAUGAUGACUGUUCACUGCGGUUUGCUGCUGCAUUUAAUUUGAAAAAGCAUAUGCUUACACAUACAGAUCUAAAACCUCAUGAGUGUCAGUUUUGUCCAAACGCGUAUACGUCAAAAGGUGAUCUCAUCAAGCAUCUUCAAAAGAAUCAUGUUGGCGAUUCCAUUUAUCACUGUGAACAUUGUUCAGAAUCAUUUAGGUUUAAAAUUCAACUUCGAGAGCACUACAAAGUUCACUAUCAAGGUAUCACAAAAGAAGAGAGAAGUGAGGAGUUUAGCAGUUACUGACCCGAUAGCUAUGUUUAUUAUUAAAUUCAUUCCCAGUUAGGUUUAGAUUAAAUUAAUCAUUCGACUCAAUUGGAUGUUCCGUAUUUUUCAAUCCUAAAUGUUUGUAAAUAUACCAUAAAUAUAGACACUGAAAAUAAAGUAAGUGUAAAAAUUUAUAAAAUAAGAUAAAAGAUAUAAGUAAUAAAAAGCAAUUAAG